CUGAUAGGUGGCACUGAUUGGCACUGACAGGCGGCACUGACUGGCACUGACAGGUGGCACUGAUUGGCAGCACUGAUAGGUGGCACUGACUGGCAUUGAUAGGUGGCACUGAUGGGCACUGGAAGGUGGCAUGGAUGAGCAUAGAGCUGGCACUGAUGGACACUGACAGGUGGCGCUGCUGGGGCUACACAGAUCAUCAGGCCACACUGAUCAUCAGUGCUCUGCGGCAUUUCCGUUUACAUGUGAUCAGCUGUGAUUGGACACAGCUGAUCACAUGACUGA